AUGAAGCUCCUGGUGGUCACCCUACUGCUGUCCGCCUGCUGCGGCGACCACGGCUCCUCAGCACUCAGCAGGAUACACAAGAGAUCCAUGAUGGGUGGCAUGGGCAUGAUGGGUGGCAUGGGUGGCAUGGGCGGCAUGGGUGGCAUGGGCGGCAUGGGUGGGAUGGGUGGCAUGGGAAUGGGUGGGAUGGGUGGCAUGGGCAUGGGAGGUUAUGGUAGUGGAAUGGGUUGGGGAGGCAUGGGCGUAGGCAUGGGUAGGUAUAAAAUGAUGGGUAUGAAGAGCAUGGGAAUGGGUGGCAUGGGAAUGGGUGGCAUGGGAAUGGGUGGGAUGGGUGGCAUGGGUAUGAGUGGUAUGGGUGGCAUGGGCAUGGGUGGUAUGGGUGGCAUGGGAAUGGGUGGGAUGGGUGGCAUGGGAAUGGGUGGCAUGGGUAUGGGUGGUAUGGGUAUGGGCGGUAUGGGUGGUAUGGGUAUGGGCGGUAUGGGUGGUAUGGGUAUGGGCGGUAUGGGUGGGAUGGGCAUGGGCGGCAUGAAGAAGAUGGGAAUGAUGGGCAUGGGCUACGCACCGAUGUUCUCCUACGGCAUGAGGAAAGGGUACGGAUUCAUGGGCUAG